AUGAAGGAGUUGAACGAGGAUUCCAGCUCGAUCGCUACGUUGAGGACAAUUCGAUCUAAGUUCCCCUGGCAUACACGCGAAAAAGUUGGCGAACUGAAGGGUAAAUGUGACUCUAUGUGGACAGUGGACGAGCUGUUGUUAGCUCUAAGCACGGUCACUGAUAGACUGCAAGUGGUAGAGAAUUCCGAUCCAGCAGAUCAUCGCGCUUAUAAUUUGGAUUCCACAGUUCGUCAGCAUUCUCCCUCCCCGUAUAGGUAUCCCGGCACGAGUCAGCCGUACAUGAGACCUCCGACUCCUUAUUACCCACGGCGCACAUCCCGUAGCCCUAUCAGACCUCAGUAUACCACACCAUGGAAGCCUCGUUGUGCCUUCUGUUUCCGUCAUGGACAUGCUUCGAAGUGUUGUAUGACAGUACCCGACGUGCAACAGAGGAGAGAGCUCGUCAACCAAUACAGACUGUGUUGGCUGUGUCCCGAAGAAGCCUUGUCUGCUACAUUACCACCAGCGCUUUAUCCGUCGUACCCACCUGCGCAAUUCCAACAGCGCUCUCCUUCACCUAGACGCGUGCAGUUCGAGACGACAGCGCACCCUUCACCAUCUCGCACCCAAUACGCGGGUCCGCGCACUUCUCCUUCGCGUCGACCUACACUUAAACCGCCAUCUCCAUCUAGGCAUCAAUCACGUUCCAACUCUAGACGCGCUACUCUUCCUCGAAGAUCUUCAAGCGCGUUUCCCGCUGUGCAAACUUCCAUUUGCACUCCAGUCGCGCAUGAUUCCACCCAGUCAGAUGAGCCCAUAGAGUUGCUCGACCAACAUGAAGCUAGCUUAGGGUCACAUCCACCUUCAUCCUGCACGUCUGUGUGCCAAGCUGCUUGUGCAACUCAGGUUCCUCGUCUGAUGGUGGUUCAUGCUAUAACCCGAAACCUCAAAACUAGUACGAAUGAACUGCUUACUGUUUUCCUCGAUAGUGGUGCGCAGUAUAGUUUCGUCUGUGCCUCGCUGGCAUACCAUCUUGGCCUGAUUUUCAAGAAUACUAGGACUGUCACAACUCUGACCUUCGGAGGACACCAGUUCACUGAAGACUCGUCAGAAGUCACACUCACGUUAUGGGACCAGCUCGAUCGUCCAAUCCAACUUCAGCUUUGGACGCGCGAUACCAUCACAACGGUCCCAAAGGCGAACAACUUGGAUGAGACAAACAACACCUAUAUGGACGAUAGAGUCGAAGUUGACGUACUCAUUGGAAUAGAUAACUACUGGCGCGUUGUGGACUUGCAUAGAAUUGAGAAGCUUCCAUCAGGUCUUAUUCUGUCGCACACUCGCUUCGGACCACUUCUAUUAGGUCUUAGUUAUCCAGUAGUAUCGGAGAUCACUAGCUCGGCAACGACCCCACUUAAAGAAGAAGACAAAAUGAUAGUGAAAUCAUCAUUCUGCGAACGUGUCGGUUCACUUGACUGCUUACAUGGGCAUGCUAAUACCCUUUAUAUGACUUUUUUACCCGACUACGACUUCUCUGUGCAUAGCUUUUGCAGUGCCACAGACACGGAUUUGGAUUUCCUUGGAUCAGACCUCGACUUCAUCCAACCCAGUUCAAGCACCUUCGACACCGCAUCUACUGCCAGUUUGCGUAGAGGAUGCCCGCGCGUUAACAUCCUUGUCGUGGGAGGCUGGACUGAAGUCCAUUUUUAA